AUGAGUGGGAUUCCUCAUCAAGAUGGAAACUCGGAAAAUGAGACAGGCUGGAUAGAAGGUGUCGCCAUCUUAGUGGCUGUCGUUGUGGUGGUAGUUGUGGUGGCGGUCAAUGACUGGCAAAAAGAGAAACAAUUCCGCGGACUUCAGAGUCGCAUAGAGGCCGAACAGAGAUUUACUGUCCUACGUGAUGGAAUAAUUAAAGAGAUUUCCAUAGCUGACAUUGUGGUUGGAGACAUCUGUCUUAUUAAAUACGGCGACCUUCUACCUGCUGAUGGCGUGGUGAUCCAGUCAACUGACCUAAAAGUUGACGAGAGCUCCCUCACUGGCGAAUCAGAUCACGUGAAAAAGAGCACCGCAUUAGAUCCAACACUGCUGUCGGGAACCCAUGUAAUGGAGGGUUCAGGCCGAAUGGUGGUAACUGCUGUGGGGAAAAAUUCCCAAGCAGGAAUAAUCUACUCCCUUCUCAACAACAUGCAUGGCGAUCUUCCAGAAACAACUGUCCAACUGAAUUCUCACAACAACACCAAAGAAAAGUUGGCUACAAUAGUAGAGAAGAGCUCUGACGGCGACUUAAAAGAGAUUACUAAGACGAAGGAGAACAAAUCCAAGCUGCGAACUCGUGAGAUGUCUGUCCUGCAAUUGAAGCUGACAAAACUGGCCAUUCAAAUAGGCUACAUUGGAACAGUUUUGGCGGUGGCUACAGUGAUGAUUUUAAUAAUCAAAUUCUGCAUAAUUGAGUUUGGCCAUAAGAAAGAAGCAUGGAAUACGGGUAGACACUUAAAGCACUUCAUUCACUUCUUCAUAAUCGGUGUUACGAUCCUUGUGGUCGCCGUGCCUGAAGGCCUUCCACUGGCAGUCACUCUCUCCCUCGCCUAUUCGGUCAAGAAAAUGAUGAAAGAUAAUAAUCUGGUUCGCCAUUUGGACGCUUGUGAAACAAUGGGAAAUGCGACGGCAAUAUGUUCUGACAAGACGGGGACCUUAACUACUAAUCGCAUGACAGUCAUUGAAGCUCAUUUCGUGGAUCAGAUCAUCUCACUGCAUGAACUGGAUCAUUUCAAGCAGUCAACUGUUGGAGGUCUUGUAAAUGAGAGUGUCAUGCAAAAACUCGAACUAGCUAUCGCCGUCAAUUCUUCGUAUACAUCUCGGUUACUGCCGUCAAAAACUCCGAAUGAUAUGCCAACACAAAUUGGGAAUAAAACGGAGUGCGCACUAUUGGGACUGCUUCAGCGGUUGGGUCGUGACUACGAGCUUUUGCGACAGCGCCACCCCGAGUCGGAGUUCGUCAAAGUCUACACUUUCUCCUCAGCACGCCGUUCUAUGUCCACCAUCAUUUAUGCACCCGAAGAAGAAUCAGCUGCAGAAAAAAGUGCCACCACCAAACUUCUUCUUCUUACCAAGGGUGCUGCUGAGAUGAUCAUUUCAAAGUGCAUAUCAAAAAUGUCCAGUGAGGGGAAAGUGGCACCUCUCGAUGAGGGAAAUCGAGCUGCCGUAAUUGCUUCUGCCGUAGAACCGAUGGCUCGAAAGGGACUGCGAACAAUAGCUCUCGCCUACAGAGAGUUGGUGACAGCUCGCGGCCGCAGCUUAAACUUUGAUAACGAGGAGCUGUGGUUGAAGGAUCUUGUAUUGCUCUGCGUGGUGGGCAUCGAGGACCCGGUUCGACCUGAGGUGCCACUGGCUAUCGCCAAAUGCCAACACGCCGGCAUCACAGUACGCAUGGUGACCGGAGACAACGUAGAGACUGCGCGUUCUAUCGCCCUUAAAUGCGGUAUCCUUACUGAGGCCAGCGGUCAUAUCGACGGUGUAGUGAUGGACGGUCGCGAGUUCAAUAGACGCAUUCGUCUCCCGAUCACUGGCCAAAUUUCACAAGAGUGUUUCGACAAGGCCGGACUGGGAAGCGAGGACGAGGGCAGUCGACAACUGCAGCGUAUUGCGAGUGGAAACACUUCCAUGAAUACCCAAAGUGCAGUACAUGCUCCACUAAAAUUAGUCCCCAAGUUAGGCAGCAAUCUUUCACUUCUAGCGCUUGCUGUGUAUGUUGACGCAUUGUUUGUUAUGUUAUUGUCCCAGGUUUGGCCGCGUCUGAGAGUUCUGGCCAGAUCAACACCACAGGACAAGUACAUCCUCGUGAAUGGUAUCAUUGGCAGCCACCUUCGACCCAAUCGGGAAGUCGUGGCUGUCACUGGUGAUGGUACCAAUGAUGGUCCAGCAUUGAAGCGAGCCGACGUCGGCUUCGCCAUGGGACUGGCGGGCACUGACGUUGCCAAGGAGGCCUCGGAUAUCAUCCUUACCGACGAUAACUUCAGCAGCAUUGUAAAGGCUGUAAUGUGGGGUCGCAAUGUCUACGAUUCCAUUGCAAAGUUCUUGCAGUUCCAACUCACGGUCAAUGUGGUUGCUGUGGUCGUUGCCUUCGCAGGCGCUUGCAUCAUCACUGAUAGCCCCCUCAAAGCAGUACAAAUGUUAUGGGUGAACCUGAUCAUGGACACGCUUGCAUCCUUGGCAUUGGCGACGGAAUUGCCGACAGAAGAUCUGCUAGAACGAGCUCCUUAUGGUCGAACGAAGCCGCUAAUUAGUCGUUCUAUGAUGAAAUUCAUCAUUGGACACGCAUUAUAUCAAAUUGUGGUUAUCUUUGCUCUUCUUUGGGCAGGUGAGUACAUAUUGAACGUGGAUAACGCUCAGGUGCUAUCAGAAAAUGGUGUGAAGGGACCGACUCGACAUUUCACAGUGAUAUUCAACACCUUUGUAAUGAUGACUCUUUUUAACGAGAUCAAUGCCCGCAAAGUUCACGGUCAGCGAAACGCAUUUUCAGGAGUUGGAAAAAACCUUCUCUUCUCAGGCAUCUGGUUGGCCACUUUCGUUGGACAGAUAAUAAUUGUGCAAUUUGGUGGGGUGGCAUUGAGCACCAUGCCUCUGGACGUUGAGCAAUGGAUGUGGUGCAUAUUUUUCGGACUAGGAACUCUUCUUUGGGGACAGGUGCUGAUUUCCGUUCCAUCCUGGGUGGUUCCACGACUUUCGACGAUCUGCUUCUGGACCAAAAGAAGUCGCCAACGGCGUACAAAAAAGCGUCGCAACACUACAGCCUCCACUGACGAGCCACCUACAGCCCCAUCAAUGACCCCUAUCGACCUAGAAGACGCCGUUCUAACUACAGACUCCACACAUGGAAAAGUUUCUAGCCUCGAAAUAAACUCGUUGGAAUGCGUAAAACAAACUGGUGAGAUUGGAACUGAUGGCACGAUUCCAUCAGAGUCUAUUGAGUUGGAGGAGGCAGAUGAUGAGGAGGAUGAGGAUGAGGAAGACGAGGAGGAACCUGAGGAACUUCGUCAGGGACAGAUGCUUUGGAUUCGUGGACUUUCUCGUCUUCAAACUCAGAAUUUCAGCACUCUCCAGUUGGACAGACACAGUGAGGUUCGAGAAUCGGUACGCGACUUCACUCGUAGACGUAUCUAUAGCCUCGGAUGCAACAAUUCCAGUCUCACUUUGGCUCGCAGCUCACUACAGCUUCGACGACCUAUUAGCCAACCAGAGGAGUUGAAUGAUGCCACUUUUCAUCAUCGACAAAGUAACGGUAGAAAUAACAAUGGAUGUAAUCAAAAGUGUCAGCCGUCCGAUAAAUUUGGUUAA